UCAGACUGCAUCUGAGUCAUCCAGAGGAAGCAGUCGGGCCACAAGAUGGAGAAACUCGUCCUGUUGAUGUUGAUGUUUGCGACUUGUUACGCAGCACCCAAAGAUCUAUCAGGAAAAGUGUUUGUCUUCCCCAAAGAGACCAACAGCGAUCGUGUGCAACUGCUCACAUCUAAGACGGAGUUCAGCUCUGUGACUGUCUGUCUCAAAUACCUCACAGAUAUCACGAGGAACUUCGGCCUCUUCUCUAUGUCCACUCCUGGACACGACAAUGACUUUUUGCUCUUUAAGAAAGAGGAUAAGAUGUCGAUACACGCUCGGGACGGCAGCACAGAAUUUCUGUCGCUGUCGCUUCCUCCAAACACCUGGCACACUGUAUGUAGCACCUGGAACUCUGACAACGGUUUGGGUCAGUUGUGGCUGAACGGUAAACCAGGCAUCAAGAGGUUCGUCCACUCUGGGCAGGCCAUCACCGGGAGUCCCAUCGCCAUUCUGGGCCAGGAGCAGGACACCUACGGCGGAGGCUUUGACGCCACUCAGUCAUUCUUGGGGAUGAUUUCUGAGCUCCACAUGUGGGACUACGUCCUCUCUGCUGCUGAGAUCAAGCGCUACGUGAACGACGAAAACUUCACCGUAGGAAAUGUGUUUAACUGGAGAGCUCUGGAAUAUGAACUCCACGGGAAGGUUAUGGUGGACGACGCACCUGAAAUGUGGUAACACCAAGGUUUUAACGUCCCCAUUGCCACCAAGGGGGUAACCGUUGGACUUCAACAUUACUAAAGUGCCAACAUAAAUAAAACUGAACUAAACUG